GUGUGCAAAAACCAUUAAGUCAGUCCGUUCUUCGGACGUAAAACAGAGUUUCUUCGGUCACUUCUUCUGGACACAGGAUAUUACAGCAUGGCGUCUUGCCGCAGUACCAGGCUUCUGUACCAGGACCGGCGCCCUGGGGCUUCCGUCUCUCGGGCGGGAGUGAGGUCCCCUCACCGCUGCCCAUCUCCAGGGUAACUCCUGGGUGUCGGGAUCGCAUGGCCAACAUCGCACCUGGAGAUGUCGUACUGAGAAUUGGAUCCCGUGCAGCGGAAAUGUUCAAAUUUUUACAUUCCCCUAUUUAGAACGUCUUUAGCCCAAGUUAGUGUAAUUACAAAUGCAUUAAUAUUUCUAAUGCUCUCCCCCCUCAAGAAUUCUACUUCUGUGAUAGCAUCAAAAUGUAAGCUAGAAAACCAUCUAUAUCUACAUGUACUAUCCAGCCCCAACCACUUCUACGUCUUUUAUGCUUGUUGUCAUGUUCUGAUUAUAGUUAGCAUUCUAUGUUUCAUAUACAGUUAUAUACCUUUAUUGUCAUUGUGUUGUGUCUAUGUGCCCAGGAUUGCCUGUAAAACAGGUCUAUUCUGACCUGAGUCAGUUCCUUGUAAAAUAAGUAAAGUGAAAAUAAAAAGUGAUUUGCUCAUUCAAUCAAAGUUCUUUUUCAUAAUUAGCAUUAACAUUCUAUGCUUCAUAUAUUUGCUCAAGUAUUUGCACGACCAAUUGUUUUUUUUUUAUAUUUCUCGUGGAUAUAUUUGAAUUGUUAUUAUUCGUUUAUUUAUCUUGUAUUUCACACUUGUAUUAGGUUAGUUAAAUGGAGGAGGGCUUUGUACAAGCCUUUCAUCCUUCUCCCAUAUUCCUGCACUUUUAUUUACUUUUCCAUACUUUAUUGUUAUAAUUGUUUUUAUGUGAGAAAUAAACAAACAAUAAUCAAACAAAACACACAGACAGACACACACUCAGACACACCCGAAACAACAUCUCCAAUUUUCAUUGAAAUAUUCAAGGCAAACGAUGGACAGCUAGACUGAGCUCACUAGAUGCCGAUUUGAGGUUCUCACGAAUAAAUAAAGGUUCAUACAAAAUCUUGUCAGGUGAACUUUCAUUACAUGAUUCCUAUACUUCACGGGGUUAUACGUUAAAAAGUGGGUUAAACGUUAAAGAAAUGUGGGUUAUACGUUAAAAAAAUAAUAACACUGUCACGACGUAAUGCUUGGCAUUCGUAUGUUCGUGGGAGUUAUCUCAUUUGCAUGUUCCGGAAACUAAAAGGGUACCCUUACCCAGAAGUCCCUCACAAGCAUAGCGGGCUUUCGAAAGGAAGGCAAAGUUUCUCCGGUAGCUUCUGGACACAGUGGACGUUACAGCAUGCCGUCCGGCCAGCAAUACCAGGUUACUCUACCAGGACCCGCUCCCUGGGGCUUCCGUUUAACGGGUGGAAGUGAUUUCAACUUACCGCUGACCAUCUAUAAGGUAACUCCUGGAAGUCUUGCUGCCCAAGCAAACGUCAAUCCUGGAGAUGUCGUACUGAGGAUCGGAUCCUGUAUAGCGGAUACACUGACAUAUAGCGAGGCAAACACCAUCAUCAAGGCCAACUACGGAGCUCUCGAGCUUAUUCUCGUCAGAGGGGAUGGCACAGUGAGACCGUUGCCACCACCCCCGACCGGACCUUUAUCUCGCACAACACAAGGACAGCCAGCGAGCGCCCCCGGGGGAGGUCCCGCCCCCGGAGGGGGUCCCGCCCCUGGAGGAGGUCCCGCUACCGCCGGGGGAGGUCCCGCCCCUGGAGGAGAUCUGGCAGCCGACAGCUUUGAUAUAUUCUCUGGUAUGCCGUCAAGACCCAGAGAUCCCAAAUAUUUUCUUGAUGAAGUUGAACACGGGAAACUACUCCAAAAGAAGAUUUAUAACAAAGAGCAAGGCAUCAACGACGAUCCUGUUCCAACUCUUCCUAGUCAAGGUUUCAGUCUGGAUCCGUGUGUGGACGUAGGUGCCAUCAAGCGUGCCGGCGAGCGCGGUCUGGGCCAACCUGCGACGCCCCUAGAAAUUGAAGCUGGCGGCAAGAAGAUCAUUCACGCUCAGUAUGACACACCCCUGGGCUUGUACUCCGCGGAAGUCGCUCAUGACACGCUGGAGGGGCAGCUUGCCGAACUGAUUGGUGCCGAUGGAACAGGGCGCGAUGCAGGUGCCCUGUACCAGAUGAUCCAGGAGGAGGCGGCGCGGAAAGCCCGCAUGCAGCCCCGUGUGGCGCCCCCGCCCCCGCCCGAGGAGCCCAGCGGUCCCGGCGUCUACCAGGCCCAGUCAAGGUCCUUCCGCAUACUGCAGAAGAUGACUGAGAAUUAAGCAGGACGUGUCUAACAGACUGCAGAAACGUCUGAUUAUACCGCUGAUGAUCUUCAAGGAAGUGAACCAGCAACACCGUGUGACAGCUGUAAAUCCUCUUGUGACUGUCAUGACAGAGAUCUUACAAGUAUUCCUCAAGAUUACCCCACAAUCAUCGUUAGUCUUAACUUAGAGGGUAAUGCUAUAACUGUAUCCUUGAAUCAUUUUGACUUCUCUUGGUACACACACAAUAACACAGACCGAGUUACGUAAAAAUAAUAUAGCCAACAUUUAGAAUGGUACUUUCUAAAUUCUGCUUGACGAAAAACUAAAAUGUAAAGAACCCAGCAGGUAUUUUUUUGGGUAACGAAAGGUUAAAUAUAUUAGCCCUGAAGAUCUAAUCUGUGAAGAAGCUAAAGUCGAGAGGUUUGAAGUGCUAUGCGUAAAUGUUGUUAACCCUACCUAGGCCAGGCGUUUUGCAUUUAUGGGGCCGAGAUGGUGCCCUUAUUUGUAAUUUCAAAAUGACUUGGUGUACAACAACCAAAUAUUGAAGGGGAAGAUGUACAUCGCCUUCUUUCCCGUAAUUUCAACAAUGUACUGACGUCACAUUCAUAUAUCUUAUUGGCUAAAUCCGUGUAAAAAGGGAAUUACCAUUAUACGCAAAGGUAUUAACGAAUAUUAGCAAUAAAGUCUGCCAAUAUUUCUGUUGCCACGGACAAACGCAUUAACGUCAUUCUAACAUUAAAAUGACGUCAUAUGUCCGCCAUAUUGGAUUGGGUAUCUUGAAUUUUGUACAUACGUAUUUUGUACAUAUAAUCCCAAAUCCACUGAAAAAUGGCUAAAAAACUUUCAAAUCGGUAGCGAAGAAAUGAAAGAGAAAAUAACCUGAUUAUACUUUUGCGUAUAAUAAUAUCUACCAAGUUGAAUUUUGACCAAUAUCGUCAUCAAAUUAGCAUCGACAAUACAUAUGAAAGCAUGAAUGUAACAUAAAAUUAUAUGGAGUUGCUUUGACAUUUGAAAAUAAGUGUGGUUCAGCAAUAAAACAUGGAAAAUAUAUCGUUUUCAUUGGUUCCAGCUAAAUUUUAGGAAAACUCACUACGUUCGGUAGCCCUAGAACAUGUCGUUCGGCAGUUAUACGACGUCAAAGUUCACGAGAACACCUUUAGCCCCCACCCAAUCCAAAGGGGAGGAUCUCAAAAGUUUGCUUUAAAAGCUACACAUUUUGCUGGUUUCCAUUUUACCCUAGUCAGACUCAACACAUAUUUCUCUUUAUGUCUUCCACAACGUUGUGCAAAUAUUUUUAAAAUGAUGAUAUGUUAGAUGUUUACGGGCAAAGUCACGAAUUAAACUGUUCUGUGGUUGGAGAUGCAGCACAAUCUAGUGCUGUAUUUUGGGUUAAACGUAUGGAAAUAUAACAGCUGAUUCUAUAAUCAAGAUGAAGUAGUACCGGUUGGUUCCUUAUCGGAAACGGACGAAAAUGUGCAUGGAAAUUACAAUAAAGAUUUGACAGCAGCCUCUGCGUUUCACAAAAACGUGUAUGAAAAGAAAGAUGAAGUUGUACUAGCUGAAUUCCCCUUUGGGCUUCAUGUAUACGUGUAUGAAAGUGAUUAGGAAGUAAUGUUUAUUCAUCCUGUAACCGUGAGUGAAAUGAUGUAAAGUGCAGUCGAAGCUGCAUCGAAGCUGCAUCGGGAGACCAACUCAGUGUGCAAGAAAAAGUUGAUCCUUUUAGUCUUUGAAUGUGCAACUCUGAGAAAAAAAAUGAUGAAAGAAUAGUAUCUGGCAAUGCGAAAUCCAAGCAAGAUAUUGAUGUGUGGGAAAAUGGUGAUGCAGAUGCAAAAACAGGUAAUUUUGCAACAAUACAGUACAUAAAUGUAAAGAUGGGGACAAGGUCGUAUCUCCCAAUUCAGUAGGCGUACAGAUGAUUGGUGUGCUUGACAACGACAAUAAAGAAAUGGUAUCUGAAGAUAUUGAAGAUGGUAUGGACAGACUUAAGUCUGAUGAUGUGGACGAGGAAGCAAAAGCAACUUCAUAUAAAGUCAUAAAUUAGAGUGAGGGACAGGCCUUUUCUGCUGUUCAGCCAAUGUAUAAGUAUGAGAAAGCAGAUCCAAGAUGCUUUUCAGUUAAUCCAUGUAGAGGACAAAGGCAAAUUAGCUAACUUUGCUAACCUGUGUAGGUCCUGUGGAAGGUCUACAAAAUGACUAUCCAGAACGAACAUGUACGGAAAUGUGACUUCAAAUUCCACCUGUUUUCUAAAAGAGAUCUUUGAUCAGAGUUAAACUUCUAGCACUUAGUUGGCUUUAUCAUGAAAUGAGCUAUACAGCGCGAGUGAUUCACGUUGCACUUAACAAAGACGGAAUGUCGAAACUUUGGUCGUUUUUUGUGUUGAAAAUGAUAGUUGAACUCUCCUAGAAUAUACUGAACUUACAUACAAAUGUCGAAACAAAAUUGAAAGUUCAACAUCAAGGUAGGAUUAUGUGGGGUUGCCAAAACACUACAUACUCUGACGCUUUGCAAACAUGGCUCUGCAAAUACUCCCUCAUCGCAGACACGAUCUCUGCUUGUCAAUGAACUUCGCAAAGAAAGCACAUCAGUCGCCACGCUUCUGGCUGCCUCCGACUCGACGUCAUGUUAGACUACAGAUGAACUCGCUUCAGAAUUGUGAAGCCAGGGGUACUAUACGAUAUACAAUAAGUGUUGAAUUUACACUAGCUACGGUCCUUGUCGGCACACAAAACUGAACAGUUAUUGGCACUGGACACUGCUUUGUACAACUUCUUCUGAUGAUAUUGAGUUGUGUACAAUAUAGCUGUUAACUAGGUUGAACGGUACAUAUUUUGCUAGAUAAUACCUUCGUGGACAUUAUGAUAAUAAUAUUUGCACACGAUAAAAAAAGUUUUAAAAGUUCCAUAUACACUCUUUGAUGAAAGAUUGUAAAAAAAAGUUACAAUGUAGGCGUCGAGAAUCUAUCAGUAA